AUGCCUUCCAAUGCCACUAGAAAAUCAGGAUGCAAAGGCAAACAGAAUGCCCGAGGAACACUUAGCUGUGUUGCUGCUGGCCGGAUUGAGCAAUGUGAGAUUGCUCCAAAAGUAUUGCCACUUGCAGCUUGUCCAAGUGGGGCAGAGGCUCCUGGAAUGACUGUCAAGUCCCUAACGCAGAUUAUGGCAGCCAUCAACAUGAUGUACGAUCGUACUGUCGAAGCCAACACUGGAAUUCAUUUUCUGGUCGAUGCUCACAACCAAGCCAUUGCCCAGCAAGCUCUUGUUGCAUCUUCUGUAACUCAGAGAGUAACUGCCGCCAAUUUGUCUACAAAUAGACACACCAAAGGCGAAAUGUGUGCAACUGUUCUGAAUCUCAUCAAUGGGAGAAUGUGGGCGAGAAACUUCUGUUCGAAUGAUCCUGAGCUUGUUGCUGAAAAUGAAAGCCGCAGGCGAUGGAACACGGAUGAGAGGAUCGAUCAUCCUGACAAUGUUGAGGUGAUUAAUUACCUCCAACAGUAUAUCGUUGCCCAGCCUCGCACAGCUGGGUUCUGGGAGGAUAUGAUAGUGCAGAAAAUAAAAAACAAUUACAAGACAUGUUUUCGUGCUGUCAACGCAACCCCCAAGCAAAUUCACUUGCAUCAUGUUGAUACCUACAUUAACAAUUGGCUAGCAAUUGACACUGAGAUGGGAUACAAGCCAGGUAACCCUGAUGAGAUGGCAUACUCGCAUCUCCUCGAGAAGAGUGUGAUGUCUGAUGGUGAAUCGGAAGAUGAGGACGUCACUCCUAUAAUCCGUGUGUGGGUUUUGCAGGUUGCUUGUCCUAGUUGGAGAAGUGCUGAGAUAUUUUUUUUAAAGCUGAACAGGCUUAUUCAGUUCAUUGAUUUCUUGGCAGCAGAGAAUGACAAGAAGAUUUCAACACCACAAUCAAAGCAAAGAAUGCCCAGAUACCUAAAAACCAUUGUGGUCACUCCUGUCCCCAGUCACCUGACCACGAUCCUUCCUGUCUGGGCAAUUCAAAACCAAUAA